AAUUAAUAUCAACUACAGUGUCAACUGUCAAUCUAAAAUUUGUGUGUAUGAACAAGUGGUAAUAGUGAAUUGGAAUUCGAAAUCAUACUAUCAAACCAUUACAAAAUCCAUUUAUUGUAGUAUAACAAAUCGCAGUGUACUAAUAUCUGCCAAAAGCACGAAUCUUUUUUGACAUAUUUUCAUAAUGUUUAUCAGAAUAAAUAUAUUGAAGUGAUGCAUCUAUAAUCCCUAUAAACAUUGAACCCAAAAACAAGGCUACAUUCCCAUACAUGGAAUAUACAUGAUUAAAAAUUACCAUGGAAAGUGUACGAAGAUCAUGGAAACUACAAGAGUUUGUUGCUCACAAGGCAAAUGUCAACUGCCUGGCCAUGGGACAUAAGUCAAACCAGGUACUGGCGACUGGUGGUGACGACAAAAAAGUCAAUUUGUGGGCUAUUGGACGACAAAGUUGCUUGAUGAGCUUAAGUGGUCAUACAACUCCAGUAGAAUGUGUAUGCUUUGGGCAUUCUGAAGACUUAGUAUGUGCCGGCUCCCAGACUGGCGCUCUCAAGAUUUGGGACCUGGAAGCAGCUAAACUUUUAAGGACCUUCACUGGUCACAAAGGUGCAAUAAAAUGUAUGGACUUCCAUCCUUAUGGAGACUACUUGACAACAGGGUCAUGUGACAGCAGCAUUAAGUUAUGGGACACAAGGAAAAGAGGAUGCAUUGUCACUUACUCAAGCCACCGCCUGCCAGUCAACAGUCUUCAGUUCAGUCCUGAUGGACAAUGGAUUGCCUCUGCAUGUGAAGAUGGUCUAGUUAAGGUCUGGGAUGUGCGUGUUGGCAAAGUACUUCAAGAGUUUGCAGAGCAUACCUCUGCAGUAACCUGUGUAAAAUUCCAUCCACAUGAAUUCCUUCUUGCUAGUUGUAGUACGGAUAGAACAGUCAAUUUUUGGGACAUGGAGAAAUUCCAAUUGGUAUCAAAGUUUGAAAAAGAAAAUACUUCAAUUAGACAUAUGGUGUUCAGUGAUGACGGAACCACCUUAUUAGGAUGUGCUAAUGAUGGUUUACAUGUUGUUGGAUGGGAACCAGCCCGGAUACUUGACACAGUUCACGGGCAUUGGGGUCAAAUCCAUGACAUAACAGUAGCACAGACACAAAUGAUAGCAGGAUCGUUCCAUUCAACAUAUGUGGUUUUAAUGGUUGUCGAUCUCAAUAAAGUGCAUCCAUUUGGCGGGCCACCGCCUGUAUCGCCGCCAUUUGUUCGAGACCUUUCUCCAUUCCAAAAAGGACACUCUGUGCGCAAGAGUUUCUCAAAGGAAAAACCACCAAAAGAAGUUUUACACAGGCCAACACUGCUAGACGAAAAAACAGCUGAGGAAUCUACAUCAGGGACAGAAGCUGAUGAGGAUUCAGGUGCCAUUAUAUCCAAUUUUAAUGACUACUCUGAAAUAUUCCGUCCCUCUCGAGCGUUGACGCGCACCCCACCGCCAGCCAACAGUUUGUCCUCUGAAGAUUUUUCCAUAACAGUACAAGAGCCGCUGGAAAAAGAGCCUGCAGUGAGCACGUCCCUGCGAGAACUCAUGCUGGAGCCCGCGCCGCCGCAGCGACAGCGCCCCGAGCACUACUCCCGCAUCCCCACCUCCACCAAGGAACAUUACAGUAUUGUAGAGAAAAGAACUGAAAAUUAUUCUAGGUUGGUGGAGAAUAAUAAAGAAGAUAAAAUAUUCGGGACAGCACCAACCUCCGCCUUAAGGGAUUACACUACCAGCUCUGUCACGGCAAGCUCGCUUAACAGGCACAAUUCCUAUAAAGAAACGAAAUCGACAACUGACUUAUCUUCAAGCAAUUUGCGCCAGAGCAAUAGUGAGGUGUCAUUGGGUCCUCCAACUUUGGGUCCUCGCUCGCUUUCAUUUACCAGAUCACCCAGCGAAAAUACAAGACGACGAGUGGAUAGUGUCACUAGCGACACCGUUCCCGUUAGCCGAAGUGUUGAGGCUGCUGACCCAGAACCGGAAUUCAUACCAUAUAGUACCGACAGACCAGUGGGGCUUGAUCUGGAUGAAUUCUUACCACGCGGGCUGGUGGGCGGCACGGCGCGGCGCGGGGCGCGCGGCGGCGGCGCCGAGCCCAGCGAGCAGGAGGUGCUCGGCGUCAUGAUGCGCGGACACGACUCCAUGAUGGCCGUGCUCACCGCUCGACAACGCGCUUUACAGAUAUUCCAUUCAGUAAGAGUCAAUAAAAGUUUAAAAGCAGCCUUGGAGUCUGUCAUCGCCUUAGAGGAUACCUCAGUAAUACUCGACAUUCUGAAUGUUAUGGCGCAUAAACCGUCCUUAUGGAAUUUAGAUAUGUGUUUACUAAUGUUACCAAAAAUAUACGAAUUAUUGCAGAGCAAAUACGAAUCAUACAUGCAGUGCGGAUGCAACGCGUUAAGAUUGAUAGUGCGCAACUUCUCGUCGGUGGUGCGCGCGAACGUGAGCGCGCCGGUGCGCACGCUGGGCGUCGACAUCCCGCGCGAGGAGCGCUACGCCAAGUGCGCGCAGAUCCACCGCCUGCUGCUCGACGUGCGCGCCUUCCUGCUCAAGCGUCAGACGCUGCAGGGCCGUCUCGGCGCCGCCUUCAGGGACCUACAUAUUCUCAUGCAGCAAGGACUUGACUAAAACAUUUGUCUAGCAAUUCGCGUGCCUUAUAACACUAAUAAUAGUAAUGAUACAUAAAAAAAAAUCAUAUAUAUUAUUGUUUGCAUUUUAUAUAAUACGCCAACUUAAUGCAGUACUUGGAAAUACGAAAGUAAAAAUAUUAUCAAUAAUUAUCAAUAUUUUUGCUAACAGAAAUACAAAAGUGUCACAUAAAGUUUAACAAAAUGUAACCUGUAAAUUGCUUUUGAUGGAUUAUUUAUACUCUAUCAAAAUUCAAAUAAAAAAAGAACACCAAAAUAAAACAGUUCUACUGCAAAUGAUAGCAAAUAGCAGUUAACGAUUUCACUUUGAAUAAAAAAUGAUCAUAUUUAACCUAGUAGUAUUUAAGUAUGCAGAAUGUAAAUUUUUUCAACUAAAGAAAAUGAGGCUUUGAAUUCGAUACCCAAAUUUCAUUCCUUUCAUUUACUUAAUGCUUAUUUACUAUAUUCAACUGUUUUGAAUAUUUCAGUCAACUUGCAAAGUUACCCAAUUUCAUAAUGAUGAAAAUAUGAUGGUUUUUAGAAUUUAGAUCAUUCCUAACUCGAUUAUUCCAAUGGAUUAUUAGACCGAUACGAACCUGCAUGUCAUAAGACCAGAUAAUACAUUUAUAAAUUGAUUUACAUAGCCAACCAAUAUAAUUACGCAUUUAUUAUUAACCAACAUGCAUUUUCAAUUAUUAUUAUUGAUAUCAGAAAAUGUAUGUUUUUAGUAUGUUUGGGUAAUCAGGAUGAUGUCAAUAUCAUCUUACUAUAACAACAUAUAGAGCAGAUGAAGAUAUACUGCAAAAAAAAUGUCUGUUCAUAUGUAGUUUUUGUUUACUGUAUAUGUAAAGAUAAAUAUUAUACUAAAUUACAGAAAUUAGACUGACUACAUUCAGUAACAAAACAGUAUUAUUUUUCAAAGCUGGUGUCUAUUAAAUUGCCAGCUUUGUUAAGUAACAAACAAACAUACAAAACACAAUUUUCUAUUUAACUUAGACAACACCAAAAAAAUAUCAAAUGUGUAUAUAAACAUAAAAAACUGAAUGGAGAAGAUUACUUUGCUUGUGUUUUAAUAACAUCUUAUUUAUACCAUAUAUUAAGUUCAAUUAUUUUUUGGAUUGUAGUCGUUUUUAGAAGCAUUUUUUUUCUUGUAUUGCAGUAUACUUAUUUGUAGCAUUAUAAUAUUAAACAUUUUGUGAUUAAGAUAAUGUUAACAUGAUGAUAAUGAAUUAGGUAUUUAUUAAAUGUGAAAAGCAGCUACCUAACAUUACUGGCAAAGCGGUGGCAUAGGCCAUUGUAAUAACUAAAUUAUUAUACACCUAACAUUUUUUUGGAAUAAAAUAAAAGAUAAUAUUUAAAGUC